AUGUCGCAAGAGACACUCAGCGCGAAGCAAGUGAAUCAGCCCGGUGUUCAUGCGCCGGAGGUCAAGGCGUUGCUCAGUGCCCGGGCAAGAUACCGAACAGUCGUUGUAGUUGCCGUCACAUUCCUUCUGCUCGCUUGUCUUUUUGUCAUCUCCAGUUCGUCCUCGGAACAGGGUGAGGGUCGAUACCGGCCGAGGGCGAUUGUGCUGAUUGUUCCCCACCUUCCACCGGACAUGCUGGAGGCGGCCAUGGCAAGCAAUAAGGCCCCGUUUCUUGGUCUCAUCUCCGCUGCGGACGGCGUCUAUGCCCGGCCUCUUGCGAAGAACACGGAACUGUCGUCGUCCCUGGUGACGAUUCUCACAGGCAGGGUGGAAUCGAGUGCAACGGGCCUCGUGGGUGCGACGAGCUUUCUGGGGAAGAUGAAGAGGGCCGGGAGGAAGCCCGUCGUUCUGGCGGCGGCGUCGUACUGGUCGGCACAGGUGGCGGCGGCGGACGGCAACUGCAG